UGUGUCUGAAGUUUUCUCAGACCUCGGGAGCCAUUGAUCGGAGGUCAAGGCAGAAAACGGGUGAAAGACAAGAACAGAGAGAGCAGAGGGAUCAAACAAAAAAACAAGAGAGAGAGAGAGAACGGCACAGGGAAGGACCUCCAGGUCAGUCCAACCAGACAGCACGGGGGAGAAAGGUCAACGCGACAGAGACCGGGACUACGUUUCAUGACACUUUUAGAUCUUCUCGGACAAAACCUGCCUUGAAUUACAAACCUGGAGUCACUGUCUUUCAGCCUGGAAUCAGUUCUCAGACUGAAGGUAACUGGAAGCUGGGAGACAGGGCAGGUUUGUAUAUGAUCCACUCACAGGGCUGCCUGACUUAGAGAAUAUGGCCAUGGUCAGCGGGGGAUGGGGCAACCCCAACAAGAACACUAACGGGUUGGGGGAGAAGGCUUACCUGAAGAGGGAGGAAGAGGACGGGUCACCCCAGGCAGGGAGCAGCGACGUGGAUGUUGGGGACGAGGACAAGGCCUGUGUGGUGGACUGUGUGGUGUGUGGGGACAAGUCCAGUGGGAAGCAUUACGGCGUGUUCACCUGCGAGGGCUGUAAGAGCUUCUUCAAGAGGAGCAUCAGACGAAACCUCAGCUACUCCUGCAGAUCAAAUCGAGAAUGCCAAAUUGACCAGCAUCAUCGCAACCAGUGCCAAUACUGUCGUCUGAAGAAAUGUUUCCGUGUUGGGAUGCGCAAAGAAGGUAUCAAAGCCCAUGCACACACUGUCCAGCGGGGUCGGAUCCCUCCCCCUCACUCAGGUAUCAGCCCAAACUCCUUGGCAGGUGGAGCCGGGGCUGCGGGGCCAGGUCACACCUGGGCAGAUUACUUCAACGGACAGCCUGUUUCAGAGCUCAUCUCCCAGCUCCUCCGGGCAGAGCCAUAUCCCAGCAGCCGUUACGGGGCCCCUUACAGUCAGGCACAGAUGCAGGCAUCUGCGAGCGGAGCGUCGGUCAUGGGAAUCGACAGUAUCUGUGAGCUGGCUGCACGGCUGCUCUUUAGCACCAUCGAGUGGGCCAGGAACAUCCCAUACUUCCCAGAACUCCCAGUUUCAGAGCAGGUGGCGCUGCUGAGGCUCAGCUGGAGUGAGCUGUUCAUCCUAAACGCUGCUCAGUCUGCUCUGCCUCUGCAGACGGCUCCUCUGCUAGCAGCAGCCGGGUUUCACUCAUCUCCCAUGUCUGCCGAGCACGUGGUGUCCUUCAUGGACCAAGUCAGGGUUUUCCAGGACCAGGUGGACAAGCUGAACAGGCUUCAUGUGGACUCAGCCGAGUACAGCUGCCUCAAAGCAAUUGCACUCUUUUCACCUGAUGCAUGCGGUCUGACAGACCCAGCCCAUGUGGAGUCCCUGCAGGAGAAGGCCCAGGUUGCUCUUGCAGAAUACGAUAGGUUGCAGUACCCCAGCCAGCCUCAGCGUUUCGGCCGCUUACUGCUGCGUCUCCCGGCUCUACGCGCUGUGCCGGCCAACCUCAUCUCGCAACUCUUCUUCAUGCGGCUGGUGGGCAAGACGCCCAUCGAGACACUGAUCCGAGACAUGCAGUUAUCGGGGAGCUCGAUCAGCUGGCCCUAUUCACAGGGACAGUGAACCCGGCUGACUCCAGAGUGAGACCACUGAGAUCAGAUGAGGAGGACAGAGAGCUCACAAAGAUGACAUACACAUACAAACAAAAUAUCAUAAAUACAAACUGGUAUUUUAGGUCCUGUUUGUGAGUGUAGAGGUCAGUUUUUCUGACAUUGGCUCUGUAAAGUGGUGGGAGUCACAGCAAGCUGCUUUCAGGGAAACAAAAUGUAUGAUUGUCUUUAUAUAAAUGUUUGCAGCACUUGUUAGUUUUCUCUGACCUUCAUGUGAUCACUCUCAGUCUCAUUUUGGACAAAAACCUGUGCUUUAAUUAAAAUGCAGACUUUAACAUGAGGCCACAUGCCUAUACUACCUCCUCCCAUAUUCCCCCUAAUGUGACUCAGUUUGAACCCAGGCUCUGUGUGUUCUCUGCUUUGUUUAUGAGUCAAAACUAAGCCAUUGCAGUGCCACUUUUAUGCACAGAGCUGGCCCAGUGUGGCAGCUUCACAGAUUUAUGUCAUUAACUGAUUAAAGAUGUGCAGAUCAUUCCUAAGAUGUGUAACAUUUGAUAAGUGGAAUGAAAUAUCAGAGUUUGUUACCAAAAGUAUUUGUGAAGACUGCAAAGUAUCAACCUGUACAGUACAGCAUUUAAACAAAGAAGAGACAUGGAAAUUGCAUUGUAUAUUGUACAAGAAGGAGUUUUGUAUAUUAUAUACUUAAAGGAAUAGUUCAACAUUUUGA